AUGAGCAGCGAGCAAGAACUCGAGGCCUAUGAGCGCUUUGCCGUGGAAGAGCAUGUCCACGACAUAAUUACCGAGUUGUGCAAACUCCCCGCUGCUCGCGACGAGUUCGGCCUUGGCGAUGGAAUCCAGUUCAGCAAUCAUACGAACUCCUUAAACGAGAACGGAACUAUUGAAGCGGGUGCGAGCCAAUCGUCAAAUGUACACCACCCUAGACCUGAUCAGUUCUGUAUCCAUCGUGUCGACGGCAACACUACGACUCUCCUUAUAUCUGUCGAGCAUAAGCCGCCUCACAAGCUUUCUGUCGCUACCUUUCGUAUGGGGCUCCGACUAAUGGACUUAUGGAAGGAUAUGGUCAGAUUAAACAAGAUACCGACAAACCAGGAAGCGAAGUUGAGGUACAAUGCAGAGCGACUUGUCUGCUCCGCUCUUGUCCAGGAAUAUCACGAGAUGAUUUAG